GAACCGGCCCUGCCCCCGCCCAGAGCCGCCGCAGCCGCAGCCCCGGCCGCCCCCGGCCAGAGUCCCUUCGGCCAGGAAGCGUCGCCACCAUGGUGAAGAUCGUGACGGUUAAGACCCAGGCGUACCCGGACCAGAAGCCGGGCACGAGCGGGCUGCGGAAGCGCGUGAAGGUGUUCCAGAGCAGCGCGCACUACGCGGAGAACUUCAUCCAGAGUAUCGUCUCCACGGUGGAGCCGGCGCGGCGGCAGGAGGCCACGCUGGUGGUGGGCGGGGACGGCCGCUUCUACAUGAAGGAGGCCAUCCAGCUCAUCGUGCGCAUCGCCGCCGCCAACGGGAUUGGUCGCCUGGUUAUUGGACAGAACGGAAUCCUCUCCACCCCUGCUGUGUCCUGCAUCAUUAGAAAGAUCAAAGCCAUUGGUGGGAUCAUUCUGACAGCCAGCCACAACCCAGGAGGGCCCAAUGGAGAUUUUGGAAUCAAAUUCAAUAUUUCCAAUGGAGGUCCUGCUCCAGAAGCAAUAACUGAUAAGAUUUUCCAGAUCAGCAAGACGAUUGAAGAAUAUGCCAUCUGCCCCGACCUGAAGGUAGACCUUGGAGUCCUGGGAAAGCAGCAGUUUGACCUGGAGAACAAAUUCAAGCCCUUCACAGUGGAAAUUGUGGAUUCGGUGGAAGCUUAUGCUACGAUGCUGAGAAACAUCUUUGAUUUCAAUGCACUGAAAGAACUGCUUUCUGGUCCAAACCGGUUAAAGAUCCGAAUAGAUGCCAUGCAUGGAGUUGUGGGACCGUAUGUGAAGAAGAUCCUCUGCGAAGAACUCGGCGCCCCUGCAAACUCAGCCGUGAACUGCGUUCCUCUGGAGGACUUCGGAGGCCACCACCCUGACCCCAACCUCACCUACGCAGCUGACCUGGUGGAGACCAUGAAGACAGGAGAGCAUGACUUUGGGGCUGCCUUUGAUGGAGAUGGGGAUCGAAACAUGAUUCUGGGCAAGCAUGGCUUCUUCGUGAACCCCUCAGACUCCGUGGCUGUCAUUGCUGCCAACAUCUUCAGCAUUCCGUAUUUCCAGCAGACCGGGGUCCGUGGCUUUGCACGCAGCAUGCCCACCAGCGGGGCCCUGGACCGGGUGGCUAACGCUACAAAGAUCGCUUUGUAUGAGACCCCAACUGGCUGGAAGUUUUUUGGGAAUUUGAUGGACGCAAGCAAACUGUCUCUUUGUGGGGAGGAGAGCUUCGGGACCGGUUCUGACCACAUCCGUGAGAAGGACGGACUCUGGGCUGUCCUCGCUUGGCUCUCCAUUCUCGCCACCCGCAAACAGAGCGUGGAGGACAUUCUUAAAGAUCACUGGCAAAAAUAUGGCCGGAAUUUCUUCACCAGGUACGACUACGAGGAGGUGGGAGCCGAGGGCGCAAACAAAAUGAUGAAGGACUUGGAGGCCCUGAUAACUGAUCGCUCCUUCGUGGGGAAACAGUUCUCCGAGGGGGACAAAGUUUACACCGUGGAGAAAAUUGAUAACUUUGAAUACAGUGAUCCAGUGGACGGAAGCGUUUCAAGAAAUCAGGGCUUGCGGCUCAUUUUUGCAGAUGGCUCUCGUAUAAUCUUUCGCCUGAGUGGCACUGGGAGCGCGGGGGCCACCAUCCGGCUGUACAUCGACAGCUAUGAGAAGGACAUUGCCAAGAUCCACCAGGACCCCCAGGUCAUGCUGGCCCCCCUUAUUUCCAUCGCGCUGAAGGUGUCCCAGCUCCAGGAGAAGACGGGGCGCACUGCACCCACCGUCAUCACCUAAGAAGACGGGCCAGACCGGUACGUCCCUCCACGCCGGCACCUCCACGUCAGCUGAUUGAAGAGAUGGACAGAAACGGGGUGUGUUCACCCAGGCUUUUAGGAUGAGGUUUCCCACCCACCGGUUGAUGAUGAACGGCACGUUGUCCGGGCACCGCCUGCUGAGAAGCCCCUGGGAAAGAGGGGAAAGGACCCGGGGGCGUAGAGGCAUGUCAGUCCGUGUCGUGCCCUGCUGCACCGGGCCGUGUGGUGCUCGUCUCCUUAGCACCCGUCUGUUUACACGGCAGUGGAAGCCGCAGCUUGAGCCUCAGCUGUGAGGCCGUUUUUCAUCCUUGGGAUGAAGUGACAGCGCAGGCUCCCUCCUCCUUGGCGAUCCCUGUCUCCCGUUUACUGUUUACGUGUAAUCCAGCAAAAUACGGUUUCUGGUACCUUCUCUCCAGUCAGUUCUUUCCUCAGAGUGAGACGUACUUGUCUGCAGACCUGCCUUGUUUUGCAAUGGAGUCCCGUUCACACAAAUAUUUUCGGGAUAUUAAAGCAAAAUAAGCUACUA